AUGACGAUGAUGAUGCGACAGAAAACAAGGUCUUCGUCGAGAAGAUUUCUUGUCGUUCUUCUCGCCGUGUGCUUAUCGUUCGUCUUGAUUCAAUCGACGACGAACGUGAAUGGAGGAUUCACACAAGUAGCAGCGCAAGAAGAGGACGAUGGAGAUGACGAUGGAGGAGAAAUUAGCAACAACAACAACGAGGAGGAAGAGGAGGGAGAAAUAGACACGAAAUCAACCGUAGAGGAGGAAAAUUUGAACGACCCGGGGUCAUUCGGCGAACUUCCCGCGUACGGUGAAAACGACUCGUUCGGGAGACGCACGGGGAGUCGAUGGACUGGGGCCGGAGCCGCCAUGUUGUGGGACGUUGGAGAAACGUUCGAAAAGGCGUGGGAUGCCGGGUACAAGAAGAUUUCCACGCACGCGGCGCCUAGACUGUCCGCCGCCCACGACUGGUCUCAUAAAUACAUUCAUGAAAACAUUCGCGAUUACGUCCCGAAGGAGUACUCGCCGUUUGUUGCCGCCGUGAUUACGUAUUCGUUACCGUUGUUGCCGGUGUGCGUGGUGAUUUUCAUUUUGAAUAGAUUGACGGCAAUGUUGAGUUUGCAGAAAGUGUUGUUAGUUGUGAACGCUUACAACGCGACGUAUUGCUUCAUCUUGUGGUUCAUCAACGCGCUCACUGGAAACGAGCCGAUGGCGAGUUUACAAGCGUCCAACGAAGCCGAUUACAUCAUCUUACAGUUUUUGAAGUGCGUGUCGUACGCGGUAUAUUUGUUCUUGCAAUUGUUUCACAUCGCCAUUUUGUCCGGAACAAAAGCGGAAACGAUGAAAACGGUGGCGAUUGGCAACUUCUUCUUAUCCGUCUGCAUUGGAUUUCACUACUUUAUCAAAGUUUGGUCUCCAGCGAUGCACGGACACCCACCGGCGACGAGCCAAAUCACGUACAUUUUGUACACGAUGAUGUUCGGGACGAUGGCGUAUUCGAGUUACUUGCGAGAUCCUCAAGAAAGAGCGCAAGCUGCUUCGGUAUCGACCAUGUUUGGCGUGGAUAAACAGUUUUAA